UUACCUGCUUCGUGGUUGAUUAUAUUUUCGUACAUUCGGACGCUGUGGUUUAUUGUUUUUUAAAUCGGUUUAAAAAGCCAAAGUCUCCGACUGGUGGGAGUUAGUUCAAUUCCGGUCGCUGAAACCGCAUGAGGACGGACGAUAUUGAAAAAAUCAACGUGCGUGUGCGAACACUGUCGUUCGACUUGACCCAAUCGCGAUUGUUUACCAAUUGUGAUGACCGUUUCGAACGGAAACUGAUCUCGUUAACUGUAAAUCGUUUGUCUAUAGCAGACCGGGAAAGAUUUUGUACUCGCUGGUUCUUGUUCCGGUAUUGCCGAAGUUUCUUCAGAUGCAGAACACGUUACUUCGAGGUUUUUCUUAAGAACUCGAGACAGCUUUAGAACCUCAGCAAUAUGUCGAAGGACGCACAAUCGAUGAUAUGGGACUACCUGGUAUUUAUAAUAUUCGUAAUAGCGAGUACGUUUGUGGCCGUGUACUCGCGGUUCUGCGGGCCUAAGGAGAAAACCAAGGCCGACUAUGUUUUCGCGGCGGGAAAAGUUUCAAUGGCCGCCAUGAUGUUGAGUAUAGCCAGAGGGACGUUAGGCGUAAGGUCGUUUUUGGGUUACCCUUCGGAAUUGUUCUACCGCGGCAGCGCUAUGUGGGAAACACUAUACGGGAUGGUACUCGCAUACCCGAUAGUGUGCUACAUUUUCGUGCCAGUAUACUUCAGUUUGGGCAUCACCUCCGUGUACCAAUACCUGGACAUGAGGUUUAAAUCCAAAUUGGUACGGUGUUUGGCUUCUGGCACCUACGUCAUCAGACAACUGCUCAACCAAUCCGUGACUGUAUUUACUCCUUGCGUAGCGCUUAAUACUGUGAUAGGCAUUCCUUAUUGGCUGUCGAUUUUCGGUAUCACAUUGGUCACCAUCAUUUUCAAUAUUUUGGGCGGAUUGAAAGCCGCCAUUUUGGCCGAUGUGAUGCAAGGACUGACAAUGAUAGCGAUAAGCGUCGCGAUAAUAAUCCAAGGUUGCGUAGAAGCUGGCGGUUUGGGCACUGUAUACCGGGUCGCCAAAGAAGACGGCAGAUUGGAUUUCUUUAACUUCAAUCUAGAUCCAAGUAUUCGCGUGACAACAAUGUCGGCGGUUAUCGGACAGCUUUUCAUGUCUCUGUCAAUUUUCGGGUGUCAGCAAAACUUCGUGCAACGUUACUGCAGCAUGGACUCCCAAAAGAAAGUGACGAAGACCCUAAUGUACAACAUCCCCGUAAUAACGGUAUUGUUCAGUUUGUCGUGGGUGGUAGGAAUGGUGGUAUACGCCGUCUAUGCAAGAUGUGACCCGCUAACAUCAGAAUACAUUGAUAAAUACGACGAGAUCCUGCCGUUUUUCGUUGAAGACCGGUUCAGCUAUUUACCGGGGAUUCUGGGUUUAUUUAUGGCCAGCCUUUUCAAUGGGGCACUCAGUCUCAACGUGUCCAACUUGAACUCGUUGGCGACCGUGACUUUCGAGGAUUUUAUGCGACCAAUACCGUUCUUUAAGAACAUGAAGGAUUCUCUGCAGCUGUGGGCGAUCAAAAUUGUGGGCGUCAUUUUGGCUUUCAUCAUCAUGGCCAUGGCGUUCGGCAUCGCCCACUUGGACGGCGUUAUAGAAGCUUCCAUGUUGGUGACGUCUGCUACUUCCGGACCGCUGCUGGGUGUGUUCAUUAUGGCGAUGCUCAUUCCUUGCGCCAACUGGAAGGGUGCCUCGAUCGGUGUUAUUUCGAGCCACGCCAUUAUUUUAUGGAUUACCUUCGGCGGGCUUACCGUCAAAAAGGAACACGUUAUCCUUCCAUUGAACACGGACGGCUGCUCGAAUUCGUCAUUCAACGAUCACAUUUUGAAGCCAGAACACAGGGUGUUGUCCUGGACACCGACCACCACCCCAGCACCGUUUAAUAACAGUUUUGCCACCCGAGCUGAGCCUUCAGAUCCACUCUCCGCGAUAUACUCCAUCACCUACAUGUACUACAGCUUCAUAGGCUGCUUUCUUACCGUCCUCAUUGGCUGGACGAUUUCCUACUUUACCGCCAGCGAAAGCGAUAUAUACGAUCGCGAACUGAUUCAUCCUAUUGCCCGCAAGAUGGCGGACUAUUUGCCGGGAAAGAAGCGCCGUUAUAUCGAGACCAUGGUGCCUUCCGAUAGAGACGGCAAGCCCGAAAAAUCCAGUCGUAAUGGUUCAGCAACCAUCCACCCAUCCGCCAGUACAAGCGUUUUGGAAAACGGCAGCCGGAAAACGAGUUCAAACGACAUUCAGCAUUCCGCCAGUACUGGUAAUUUGGAAAACGGACCUAAAAAGGGAUCGGUGAAUCUUAGUUUCAUGCAUGACAUGCCGAUGGAAGAAGUCAACGGCACAUACAAGACGAAGUUAUGAUUUUCGGCUAGAGUGGCGACAGUAGGAUCCCGGUUUGGGUGUCCAUUAUAAACCUCUGUGAUCUCUAGCUGUAGUACUUACGAGUUUAGUCAUCUUGAAUUCGAUUUUUUUUAAUGAUAUUACUUUUUCCACUCGUCUACUUAAACAUUUUUUGUUUUGUUAUUUAAUCGUAAUUUAGUCGGUAGGAAAACAUCUAUAGUAUUUGCCUUCUAUUUAUUGAAUAGGUUUAUGGUAAGCUCCAUUUCAUAAUGUAACUCUCGUUUGAUAUGCUUUAAAGUAAAUUUAAUAUUGGUGACUAUAUAAAUGAAAAAAAGUUCCUUCGAAUGUUAGUUGUAGGUGUGUUGUUCAGUUUUUACGUCCCAUUGGAAAUGGUUAUUUUGCGAAUGAAUUGCUUUGUGCUUCUACCGCUAAGGAUAUUUUUAUAUCUAUAAUGCGUUUAUGCCUACACGAGGGAUCUGCGUGUAUAUUCGUGCUUCUAGCAUGAUGUGUAACAUUUUACUUGUAUUCAUUUAUAUUAAAUGUCAUUUGUCAACUUUGGGCGAUUUAUUUAAUAAACGUAUU